UACAUACAUACACACAAUACACACACAUUUCAUAGCGUAUCUCUUGAUCAAAAGCAUAACUAUUUAAUAGUCGUCCACGCGAAAAGAUUUUGUGAAGAUAAAAACUAUUCACCAGCCACAUUUCAUUUGUAAGACCGAGAUCUGCUCCUAAGGUCCUCUACCUGCAAGAUUCCCGCUAUUACAAUCCAUAGGUGUAGUAGGGAUCUCUAGUAACAAUAGAAAAAAAACUCAAAAAAAAAACAGGGAGUGACAAGUCUCACUUAUUCUUUCGUGUCAAAGCGUGCAGAAGAUAAAAAAAAACAUACACACAAAAAGAAACACAUUUUCUCAAGCAAGAAUAACAAGAUUUUGGUUUAUGUAAAAAUACAAUUUAAAAGCUCUGUUUUAACCUGAAUCUUGUAACAAUAGGAUGGAGACAAAGGAACUGAUAAAGGAACCCAUUAAAGACGGCAUCAUCGAUUCGUUAGAAACGAAACACUAAUAACAAACACGGAUGUUCAAUACCUGAAGCACCCUAAAUCAGUGACAGCUUAACUUUUGAAUUGACACCUGUCUCCCCUGGUAACCCCACAGGAGGCAAGGUGGGGUAGUACUUGUUAGAGGUUGAUGAAAAAGAUAAGGAAAACUGCUACAGGCACACAGGCACAAUCUACCCACCUGCACGGAGCUACCUACCUGUUGUUUGACUCAAUUAAUUGUUUGCAAGGCUUUUCGGAUUCUGGAUACUUUGUUUCAUUAUCGACGUGUUGGACCCUAAUUAUACUCCCGCUUCGAUAGGGCUGAAGUGAAAAGGGCUGAGUGAGUGUCGUCUGAUUCCCACAUUUGACCAAGAAGAAAUCUUUAAAGAUCAGAGUUGAGUAAUACCUGAACAGGUUGUGACUGGAAAUUUUAAGCUAAAAAAAAAAAAAAAUCUGCCAGCACUAUGUUGGUGGCCAGAGACGAAUUCCAAAGCGGCUGUUGCUGUACUGAAUAUCACCAGGAUUCCAUACCCUUGGACCUCAGCGCUUCUUCACAAAAUAAUCAGAAUUCCCAGACUUGUGAAAUCGUAGUUAGUGAUGACGCAAAGUUCACCGUAGAUUGCCAUGCCCUUUCGAGGCACAGUGGUUAUUUCCGUUGGUUAUUUAAAGAAUCCUAUCCCAACAAUCGGUCGCCGAUUACCUUAAACAAUAUUAACCGGACUGAAUUCCAGAGAAUCUUAGAUUAUAUUAACACGGGUAGCAUUGACCUUGAUAUGGUAAACAUAGAAAAUGUUUUACAAACUUGUCAGUACCUUUUACUAACACAGCUAACCGGAUAUUGCGAACAGUUCCUCCUCACCAAAUUAGACACACACUGGCUACAGAUUUUAGGUUUAACUGGGGAGUUUUGUCUGCUUCUUGUUGGACCAGCGCUGCUCGAUUUCCUAAUGAAAAACUUCGAAUCUAUUAGCAAAGAUGUCGACAGGUUUAACCGAAUCCCUUUUGAGGUUCUUUUUUCAUUGGCCCAGAGCCCCCAGCUAAAAGUUCCCUCUGAAUUCUUUCUUUUCAAACAGAUUGUGAAAUGGAUAAAUUAUGAUUUUGAGGCACGUGCUGAUUACUUUGACCAUUUUAUGACGGUGGUACGACUCCCAGUCAUGUCGCGAGACGAACUCGAAGAAGUAGCAAUGCAUUUCAAUCCCUGCGUUUAUACACCAGCCCUGCACAUGUUGCAUUUUUUGCUGAACAACUCUCAACAUACAUGACAGAAUGGAGAGGGUAAAAAAACAAAAAAAAAAUGGCCGAAUAUAUGAGACCGGAUUGACAGCCAUCACAAAUUUUGAACUUCGAAUUCACAACAAGCAUUUCAUUAUGUCUCUUGCUCAGAGGUCACGUAAUUUUGCUUCGCCUCAGCUGACCAAGUUGUUGAUAAUCACUGCAUUUGAUGGCAUUAACCCUUAAACGGCAGGAAAGGUUUGCAUGAAUGUGGAUGCCAAGCAUGAAAAAAAAAAAUUCUUUUGUGUUUAUUUUCACUUAAGAAUAUAAAAAUUGUUGGUCUCUCGCACAAUAAAAUUUACAAUCUAUUAUCGAGAAGUGCCGUAAAAUAUUCACUUUCCUUUGCAUCCGGAAUGAGCAUAAAUUGAUUUGAGAUACCCGCAUUGUACGAAUGUACAUCAGUUGGUGAUGUCGCCUGUUCCCUUAUGGAACAUCAAUUGAUGAUGUCCGCCGUUUUAAGGAUUAAAGACGCAUGGGUAUAUCAGACACACUCUAAUUUCAGCAGCGCAUAUUCA